GAGGAGGGAAUCACUGUGAUAGUAACAUUUAAUUUAUUCUGGAUUUUAAGAUGUUGAUUUUAACCUUGUUAGCUCUAGUUGGAUUCGUCGGAGUUCGGGGAUAUUUGCCUCCCUCAUUGAGUGUUUGCCAUCGCGAUGAUCCCGACCUGGAUCGGUGUGUGAUUGCCGUGGUCAACAAACUGCGGACCAACAUUGCCAGUGGGGACUUUGGAGAUGGGGUGAUGGUGCCAAGUUUGGAUCCGGCCUAUAUCGAUCGACUCGAUGUGGACGAUGGAGCAAAUUUGCAUGCCGUCUUCAAGAAUCUAACUGUUACCGGUGGGAAAAAUUUCAACGUGGAUAAGCUUAGUGUAAAUGUUCCUGAUAAGACGAUGAACAUGUUAAUCACAUUGCACAAGUUAAAACUUAAGGGGAAGUACAACAUGAAGAUGAAGAUCUCGUUGCUUCAAAUCGAUGGUGAUGGUGAUGCCACUUUGGAUAUAACGGACACCAAGUUCCUCCUGAAGAUGCACUAUCUGCUGAACAAGCAAAAGGACACCGGCCGAACGACGAUGAAAUUUGCGCCCAUCGAUCUGAAGGUGAAAUUCGCCGGCGAUUCCAAGUUCCACCUGACGAACCUGCUCCGGAACCAGCCCCGCCUGAACAAGGCCGCCAACGAGGCUAUCAACGAAAGUCCGGAGCUGAUCCUCGAAAAAGCCAAACCCGCCGUCCAGCAGUUCUUCUCGAAGGCCUUCACCGAAAUCGCCAACGGAGUCAUGAAGGAAGCCGAGGAGGAAGAAGCGUUCCCACUGUGAUUGCGAGAGUUUUUGUUGUUUUCAGUAAAAGUUACGAAAUCUUGAAUAAACAGUUAAAUCCC